AUGGAGAACAGCUUACCCAAAUUGUCCCUUGAGCCUCGAUUAGGCUCAGCUCCGUUUGAAGUAAACGAACCUGACGGGUCUGAAAAACACAUGCCUAAGCUGACUCCAAGCGAAAAACUUGAAAUCCAAGUUAGAAAAAUACAUGAACAACGUCAAUUUAAGUCACUAACAAUAGAUUCGUUAACUAACAUUGAAAAUGAGGAGGAAAAAGACAUUGAGGAGAGCAAAAUAGAAAAAUCAUUUGCUAGUAAAGGUGUAGAUCUCUUAAAAAUGAAAGAAACCGUUACGAACAAUGUUAUUACAUCCCAUAAUGAAGUUGCAAUUGGAAUUGAUGUUAUGAAUUUGAUAUUAGCUGAACAAAAGACGAAUUUUAUUCCUAGCACUCCGUUUCCAGUUACUCCUGGUUUAAUCCAACAUACUUAUCCUUGUUUUUCUCCACCCAGUAAAGAUUUUCAAGUUCAAAUAGUGGCUCAAGAAGAACCAAUAAUUGAUGAAGAAGAUGUAAUCAUAAAGGUUUCAUCUAGAAAUUUUAUUAAUCAAGACUAUAUUAAUAUCGAGAUGAUGUGUUAUUAUUCUCUUAUAAUAACUGACAAUGCUAACAUAGUUCACAUUCGAAGUAUUUCUUUCCCUGAAUAUCAAAAUUCAAUUUUAUCUACUAGAGAUUCGAUUCAUUUUACUUGGGAAACUAAAGAUAAAGAUAAAGAUGACAAAAACAAAUUGACCAAUAUUGCUCAAAUCAUCGCAUCUAGAUUUAAAGAAAGUAUUUGUUAUAAAAAAAUUACUCCUACCACAAAACCAUAUUCUAAACCUAAUUUUCAUUCUAUCCGUCCUAAAGUUACUGAUUUAUCAAAUAAAUUUUUAAAUCAAAAUUCAAAUACAUCUGAACAAACAACUUCCUCAGUUAAUAACACUGAAAAAAAAUAG